GUUCCUACACACUUUGAAUAAGAAGUUAAGAACAGAAAAGUUGAGUUCAACUGAGAUUUGGAUAUGUUUCUGGAAACUGGCCUUUGUUAUCCGGACGUUUCAGUUUCUUGGGUUUCAGUAGUUUUCUGGCUUUGAUUGUUGGAUUUGGUUUUACAGUCUAACUCACUUGUCGGAAAGCUCUUGAACUGAGUUGGUUGUACCAUCUCUUUCGACAAGAUUCCAGUCAAUAAGAAAUCCCCUGCUCGGACCUUUGAUUGAGACUAGACAAAGAUGGUUCAGAAGCUUGAAGCUAUAAAGGGUGGUGGAGGAUCCAUCAGGGUAGGGGCCACCGGGACUGUCAGUUCCCUAAUGACAAGAGAACUAGAAUCCAGCAAGGUUGAACCUCCGACGUCUACAGCUUCUUCCCGAAAUAAACAUCAAACAGCUCCUGUUUCUAUUCCAUGUGGUGUUCCUACUCCAAAAAAGCUACCAAGGAAGUCAUCUGAUGAAGCCAGCAGCAGUGGAACCAGCACCUACAUUAAUCAGAGACACCCUGACAUUCCCCAGAAACCGAAAACUCAUCUGAAAACUACUAGUCAAAUCCCAAUGCUCGACCCUCACAAUUUUGGGAUGGAUAAAACUCCAAUUAGGCAGAAAGCUAACAAGAAAGGACCUAACAUUGUUGAAGUUGUGGACAUCAAAUGUGGGGGAUCAGGUAGAGCUUGGGCUGGCCCUGUAACGAACCGGCUCAAGAAGCUGGGCUUCUCAAAGCUCUCUGAGAGUGUUGUCUAACCUGGUAAUUUCUUCACAUCAGAUCUUAGAUUCCUGUAACUGUAUACAGAAAUUCCAAUUGGCCGAUUGUUGUCUGCAACGUCCACCAUAGAACAUAUGCUUGGUAGGAGCCCGGUGCCCCUCUUUUUCUUUUUUUGUGUUUUUGCCAUCGAGUCAAAAGUUGUUCGUAAAUGACUACUUGAGGAAACAAUUCUUGUAAUUGGCGGUGGAGGCUUAUGUGUGCUACAUUCACUGCGUAAUUCAAGCUGGUUGAAGUACUCGAUUUCUCUCAUUAUGAGGGAUCCAACUGUACCUCUAGUGCCUACUUCUGCAGGAGCAUAUGCAGCCAUUUUUGCAGCAUCUCUUGUGGUGAUGGUUCUAGCUUUAUACAUCUUUUGGUCUGCUGGAAGGGAAUUGGCGGCUUGAGGCCGAAGAUAAGUGGUUUUCCGUCCAGUCUUGGUGGGGAAAUUGCUUUGUGUUUGGGACAUUUGGUCUUAAGCUUUGGUCACUCACAAGGUUUCUUUACCUUAUAUUCUACCUAAAGUGAACUGAACUAGUAGGAGUAGGUGGUGAUAUUAUCACUGUAUUCAUGUGCUUAUAGUUAAAAGUUUUAACUCACCUGCACCUCUUUAACCACUUGGGUUAUCAUUUACUUGCAAUCAGCCCUACUUGGACUAGGACAGGAGAAUCCAAUCUUCAAUUUAGUUUGAUAUGUUAUUUGCACUGAUGAUGUGAGACUCGAAAUCCAAGUGGAUGAUGAAACAAGGUAAUUU